UUGUCAAGAGCGAUUGGGGAAGUUCAAAGGUACCUGGACGACGACAUCCUUCUAAUGGGAUCAGAAUACGACACUCCACUUCAAUGGUGGAAAAAGCACGAACAUAUUUACCCAAAUUUGGCAAAAUUAGUUUUGAAUAAAUACUGUGUGCUGGCAACAUCAGUGCCUUGUGAAAGGGUAUUUUCACGUGCUGGUACCAUGGUAUCUGAAAGACGCACUCGCCUAGGUAUUUCAAAAGUAAAACAACUAAUGUUUUUAAACGUCAAUUAUAAUCAAUAA